AUGUUUGUUGGUGCCAUGUGUGCAUGCUUGUUGGACAAUACUGUUGGAGGAGCAACCCGAGAACAACGGGGCCUUCGGUCACGUGGCAUCAUUCAUGAGAUCUCCAUGGAUGACGACACUUACAGUUAUCCUCCUGGAAUUCCUUUCAUCAAAUAUUUCCCGUGCAUGCCAAAAGAGAAAAGGGCCACGAAUAAAGUCGCCGAGUUCUCUUCGUAUCUGUGGACGAUCUCAAAGCGGAUGAAGUCCGAUUGUAAUCACGAUUUCUUCAUUACUGGUUCCCUAAGUCCUGGAAAGAAGGACGAGUGGGGUUCAACACUGACACGGUUAGACGCCUUUGAGAGCGCAUUAUCUACAUGUAUUAUACUUUACGAGGCAGCACCAGCAGCAGUGGCUAACAAGCACUUCUCUCAUUCAUUCACACAUCUGUAUAUUGUGACCAUUUGUGACUGA